AUAGAUGCGCAUAAUUUCUUAGAAUAUGCCGGAUAUGCUCCUGAGUUUGAAAAAGAUGCUUAUAGGAUUUUUAGGGAUUUAGGGUUCUUGAGGGAGAGAGAGAGAGAGAGAGAGCCAGGCGGUGCCGCCCGUGUCAAUCUUUCGGCGGGAGCAACGGGGAAUGCAGCUACUUCGGAGGCGGCGGAGGUCGCCAUGGCUCCGAAAACGCAAAUGCAGGGCACGCUGUUCAAGUAUGGGCCCAAGCCAGUCCAGGUUGCCUUUCGGACUGGAUCGUUCCAGCAGCAAGUGAUUUUCAUCGGGGGAUUGACAGACGGCUUCUUUGCGACAGAGUAUCUACUUCCUCUUGCUAAAGCUCUCGAGAGUGAAAGAUGGUCGCUGGUCCAGUGCCUUUUAUCGUCGUCGUAUUCUGGCUAUGGAACUUCUUCUUUGAAACAGGAUGCACAGGAGCUGGAGCAGCUUAUCAACUAUUUAAUCAACGAAGAAAAUUCUCAUGGUGUGGUGCUGCUUGGGCACAGCACGGGCUGUCAGGAUAUUGUUUACUACUUACGAGAGGGUGGGAUUUGCAUGAAAGCCGUCCGAGGAGCUAUCCUUCAGGCUCCUGUAAGUGAUAGAGAGUACAGAGCAACGUUGCCUGGGACAGCCGCAAUGAUCGACUUGGCUGAUGAAAUGAUCAAGGAGGGAAGAGAAUUGGAUUUGAUGCCCCGCGGGGCUGAACCAGCUGCUCCUAUCACUGCUCAUCGUUUCCGCUCGCUUGCUGGAUAUAUGGGAGACGAUGACAUGUUCAGCUCUGACCUCUCCGAUGAGCAGCUUCGUGUUAGGCUUGAGCAUAUGUCAAAGCUUCCUUGCCAGGUUAUCUUUUCCAUGGCCGAUGAAUACGUUCCGGACUACGUGAACAAGCACAACCUUGUCAAGCGGUUGUGCGCUGCCAUGGGAGCCACAGCCGUUGAAAUAUGGGGCAAUCACAGCCUCACCAACCGGAUCCAAGAGGCUGUUCGUGCUGUCGUCGACUUUAUAAAGAGAGAGAGCUCGAAAGACUGGGACGAUCCAUGGAAAUGAAACAGUGUCUACAAGGUCACCAAAACUGCGAGACUUGGCUCUAGCUAGUCUGAAGUGUCAUCAUCUCUGUCUAUUCUAUCUUCUUUCCACCUUAUCCGGAGCUCCUCCUAGGCAUCCUGGA